AUGCAAGAAGAUUCUGUAUAUGAUCCACUAGUUUUCGGUCAUCGUGAUUACAUCUAUUGCAGUAAUUGUGAAGCUCGAAUUGCACGUGUCCAGUAUUAUAUUCAUUUUGUGCAGGACUUAGAUUAUGGAGGCUACUUUAAGAGAGUGUUUAAUGUUGUUAUACUAGACCAACCAAAAUUUCAUCAACAAGAAGAUGGAAAUACCCUAACCACACUCAAUAUUUACUGUACCCAAUGUAAUAUGCUGCUCGGGUGGAGACUUAGGGAAGCCACCCUACCGUCCAAGUAUUUCAUAAGAGGAAGAUUCUUUAUGAGAUUGGACAUGCUCAUGUACAAGAGUCGUGUAACGUUGCAUGAUUCUCUCUUUGGAGGUGCAAAUCGACAGGAUCAUGUUCAAGAUGUAGGCGCUAAAGCUGAUCAAGAUGCAGGUGCUAAUGCUGAUCAAGAUAGAAAUGCAAAGAAGAGAAUCAUGAUCAAGAUGAAACCGCUAAUGAACAAGGUCCUAAUGAAUAAUGAUCAAGAUGGAUCGCGGCCAAUGAAACGAAUGAAGAUGUAGAUCAACAGGCUGACAGAAAUGCUGACAUUG